AUUUAGUACAUAACAAUUUUCGUUAAUAUUUACUGAGUUUAAGCAGUGAAAAUAUUGAAACAUGUCAGAAGCAUCAUUUUUUACUAUGAAUGAUCUCGCAAUUAAAAUUGAGCCACCAGAAUAUUCAGAAGAAGAAAUUAAACGCGAAAUUGAGGAUGAAAUGGAUGAUCUUGAUGAUAUUGUUAAAUCUGAAACGUGUACUGAGGAUGAUAAAACCUGUUUAGAAAGAUUCAUGAAUUCAGAAGUGACUAUAGAAGAAGAAGUCAAACACGAAUUAUUCGAGACAUCAGCUUAUAAAUGUGACAUUUGUAAUAGAUCAUUUGCAGAAUUACAUCAAUUAAAAGAGCAUAUGGUCGAUCACAAGCCUAGUAAUGACAAAGUAUGCCCAUUCAAAUGCGACAUCUGUCUCAAGACUUACAAACGAAAAGGUCAUCUGACAAAUCACAUGAUUAUUCACAGUGGUGAGCGCCCCCAUGAAUGCACUACAUGUAAUAAGAAAUUCAAAAUAUUAAGUACUCUCAAAAGUCACAUGCUCAUUCACAGUGGUGAGCGCCCCCAUCAAUGCAAGAUAUGCAAUAAGGCAUUCACAGAAUUAAGUACUCUGAAAAAACACAACCUAAUUCACAGUGGUGAGCGUCCUUUUAAAUGCAUUAUAUGCAAUAAGUCAUUCACACAAUUAAGUACUCUGAAAAGACACAACCUAAUUCACAGUGGUGAGCGCCCCCAUGAUUGCAGUAUAUGCAAUAAGUCAUUCACAACAUUAUAUAAUUUGAAAAGUCACAUGCUUUUUCAUACCAGAGAGCGUGCUUAUAAAUGUGAAACAUGCAAUAAGAGAUUUGCUAAUUCGAGCAAUUUGAGGAAACACAUGUUAAUUCAUAGUCGGAAGCGAGAUGAAAAUCAGUGA